CAGCAUCACUUAGUAGUUUUACCGUCUCGGUUAACUCAGCACAUUUAGUUAGAACAUCAUUCAGGCUAAGUUGUUGUUUGCGACACUCGAAACACAUGAAUUUCAGAGCAACAUUAUUUUUCAUAGCAAGAACACCGGGAUUAUUCAGAUCGGAGUACUUGGUGUGCAAAAUUCGCAUACAUCCACCAAAACAGUAGAUACGAUCGCUUUCCGAAGAAAUACGCUGUGAGCAAACAUCGCACUGUACAGAAGCCAUGGCUAUUGUUGCGACCUUGCGUCACUCCUAUUGAUUCGCCCGAGUGCGGGCUUUCAAAGUAAACAGCCCUGCUUGCAAUAGCCUUUGUUCACCGGAGCACGUACCGAAAAUGAAAUAUUUAACGCAAUUUAUAGCUAAAAAUAAGCUGGAACUAAACUGAUGCGUACGAACAAAAUGAUACACUUUUCACGGGUAACAAGAUGAUUUAGUUUUUACCGCUAGGCGAUCAAUAAUACACUUUAAAAUUGAGAAAUUAGCAGGAUAAAAAUAAGUAACGCGAACACCUUGCUGUAUUGACAUUUCAUCAUUGCAAAGCCGAAAAUUGUGGAAGUUGAGAGAUAUUUCAGAAGUUAACCAAGUUUCGCACAAUUCAAAUACAUCGCAAUUCAUGGUAUAUAAUAGAUGUUUGAAGGAAUCAAUUUUUGGGUAAUACUUCUGGAAUUCCAUUGUAAAACAGCGAUCAAAUCCGUGAUCUCAUUGCAUAAACUGGCCAUCGAAGGAUACGAUCGCUGAAAGAAGGGGCCAUUUUACAGUCAACUGUUUCAAAAACGUCUCAGCUACGGAACAAAAGUCAUCAAAAGACCUUUCAAGGGGUCAGAGAUAUUGAAAGUUGUGAAAAUCCAGUCCACUAUAUCGGAAAAUUUGAUAAUUCCAGCAUUUGGUUGAUUCUUUGACUGGUUUUUAGGGGCAAUUGAGUUUUUGUUUGUCUUGGGAAGUGUUGGGAACUCCUUAUCAGAUCUCAGUAUUUCUAGAUCAGGAGCUAUUCUUUGCAUCGGUGUUUUACCAACACUUCCAUUAGCUGUUACUUUUAUAGGCCCCUCAAGGACCACCUUCGAACCCUUACUAGGUAGCUUAUGAUAGGAAAUAUUUCUCCAUUUCCGGUUGCUACGAGGGAUGGCCAAAGAUGUGCCUUAGAGAGGGUCGUCUGAAUCGCACUCGUCUGUUGACAAACAAGCAUAGGGAUUUGGAGAUGGGCUUGGUGGUGUAGCGCUCUUUAGCAUUUCUGCAAAUGUGCGCUUGGAGCGUUCCCUUAAAGAGUGCUUUAACUUAUCUCCACGCAAUUUGUAGGCGGGACAUGCUGAGAGAUCAUGCGAACCCUCACUGCAGUAGAGACACUUUUCAAUGUCUCUUCCGCAAGAGCCAUCCGCAUGACACUCUCCACACUUCGAACAACGGGGCCGAUUCGAACAAUGGGAGGCUGUGUGUCCUAAUUGCUGGCAAUUAGUACAGUUCAUAACCCGCGGCACGAAGAGACGUACGGGUAGACGAACCCUGUCCAGAAGGACAUAAUUUUGCAAAGCCGAACCAGCGAAGGUCACACGAUACGAAUUCGAUUGAGGAUAAGAUUUUGUCCCAUUCUCGGCGAUCGAUACUGAAUGCAAGCGUUUGCAAUCCAGUAUCUUCAAAUUCUUGAGUAAGGGGUUUUUGAAACCGCCAACCCCGUGCUCAAGAAUAUCUGUCAAACUUGCAUCUGUGACCACGCCGUCUAUUUCGACUUCGCGAGCUGGUACGUAUACGCGAUACUCCCGCGAAAAGAUUUUCGAACGAUCUCAUUAGCCUGCUUUAAGCUGGUCAACGUGACCCUGAGUUUGUCGGAGCGUAUUUUUACAAUUUGUGUGACAGUCGGAUAAUGUGACGUCAGGUUCUUAGAUAAUGUCAAAAAAUUCAAUGCUUUAUCUUUUGAUUUGGUCCGGAAGUACACGACAUAUGGACCGGUCGAUAGUGAGGGUUCAUCGGAAUAUUCCUUAAUCCCGAGGGUUUUAUUACUGUUAUCAACAGGCGGGUUUGGAUCUGUAUUGAAUGGCGAACAUGGUAACUUGUGCGUCUUUAGUGCUGAGUCAAAUUGUGAUAAAUUUUGUGUGAAAUAGGUGGCUUUUUGCGAAAAUUUUUUCGACUAAGCAAGUGACUAAUUGUGCUUUAAACGGAUAAGUAGAAAGUGUUUUGUAUAUACUUCUAUUUUGUGCUGUAAAUUGUGUCAGUAAUCGCCGUGCGGCGAUCGCUCAAACAAAGCGGCGUCGUACCGUGGUAUUUUGAAUGCAUUGUCUAUUGUUUUUGCAUGGUUCACUUUGCUUUAAUUUCUCCCCCAGCUGUGUGUCGGGCCGGUUUGGUUUGUGCAUGAAUGAUGGGUGAAUGUGUGAAGUGUAAGGAAAAAAUAACCAUAUCAGAUAUUAGAAUAACAUGUUCAAAUUGCGAGAAUGGCUAUCACCAGCGCUGUACUGGGCUUACGAGAGCCAUGGCCGGUUGGGUUUCAGAUACACCGGCGCUUUUGUUUAAAUGUGCUGAUUGUUUGGAAGGUGCCGCGGUGUCUAAUAUGAUGCCAAAGGAUGAUGUUCUUUCGCUCAUUAGUAAUAUGAAGAAGGAGAUGGAGAAAUUCAAAUCCAUCACUGAUUCGUUUGCUGCUGUGCGGGAGAGUAUCGAGGCACAUAUUAAUAUCGCGAUAGAGAGUGGAAUCGAUAGACUGAUCAGAUCUUCCAAUGAUGCUCUGGAGAGCAAAAUGGCCUGUUUAGAAAACAGUGUGGCCAAAAAGUUGGAAGAUUUGAAAAGUUUCGUGAUUAAGAAUAAUCAGCGCAACGAUAAUGAAUUGGUCAUAAUGAAGAGAAAGAAAAUUGUUGCAGAUAGAAAGACUCAUUCGGAGUCAGAUGGAAAUCCCAGACGCAAAAGAAAAAUUAUGUCUAAUACUGAUGAUGAACCACAUGAUAAAAAUAUUGAUAAUGAUAGUAAUGACGAAGUUUUUGAUAAAAGUAAUAAAAAGUCAUACGCGGAUGUUCUUUCUGGUAAAUUAGCUAGAAAUAGAACGAAAAGUAACAGAAACCGUAAGACUCGCUCGGUUAUUAUGAUUAAACCUAUUGAGUCUUCGCAAACAAGUGAUGACACGAGACAAUUUUUAAAGGGUAGGUUGGAUCCAAGAACACAUAAAAUUAGUAAUUUCAAAAAUGGUAAAGAUGGCUCGAUUAUUGUUGAGUGUGCAGCAGGAGAGGAUAUUCAGUCAGUGAAAGAAAACAUUGAAAGCAAUUUAGGUACUGAAUACAAUGCUGUUAUACCCAAGCCCGGGAAACCAAAACUGAAAAUAGUGGGGAUGAGUGAUCGAUAUUCCUCUGAUGUAUUUAUUGACCUAUUGAAAAGUCAAAAUCAGGAAAUUUCGAUUGAAGAUGUAAAAGUUGUUGCUGACUUUGAGAAUCCACGCUUCAAAUAUAACAAAUUCAGUGUUAUAAUUUAGGUUGAUAAAAAUACUUAUUCUAGUUUGUUGGCCGCCGGUAAGGUUUGCGUCGGCUGGGAUAGGUGUUCGGUUUUCGAGUCGUUCAACGUAUUGCGCUGUUUCAAGUGUGGUGAGUUUGGUCACAAGAGCACCGAAUGUUUAAACAGUGAAAAUUGUUCCAAAUGUAAUUCCGCACAUAGAACAUCUGAGUGUUCUUCAACUGACUUCAAAUGCGUUAAUUGUCUGAAAAUGAACAAAGAAAGGAAAUUGAAUUUAGACAUCCACCAUCCAGCGUUUAGUAAGCAGUGUCCUGUAUAUCUGAGAUUGCUUGAAACGAAAAAGAACAACAUUAUGUCAAUGGAAUAGCAACUAAUCGAUGGGAGGCAUUAAGAUAUUUUGUAAUUGAACAUAGCCGGUUUGUCUUCUAAUUAUGUCGCAAUGCGUCAUCUUAUAGAGGAUAGACAUCCUUCAUUAGUUUUGCUCUCAGAGACACAUAUUGUUGAUUCUGACGCUUUCGAUCAGUUCAGUGUUCCGGGUUACACUGUUGCUUUUUGUUUGUCCCAUUCCAGGCACACGGGUGGAGUUGCAAUUUACGCCAGAGAAUCAAUUAAAUUCAGCAUUCAAUCAAACGAAGCAGUUGGAAAUAAUUGGUUCUUGUGUAUAUCAGUUGAAAGAGGCAUGCAGAUGGGAAAUUAUGGAGUCGUUUACCACUCUCCAAGUUCAAGCGACCGCCAGUUUCUGGAAAUUCUAGAAAACUGGUGGGAGAAUUUCGUCGAUUUUGGUAAACUAAAUAUUAUUACUGGAGAUUUUAAUAUUGAUUGGCUCAGUGAUCAAGGUUCGAAUCAAUUGAAACAGUUAGCAGAAUUCUUCAAUUUGAGGCAAACUGUAAAUGAAUUUACAAGAAUUUCGAGAUACAGUAAAACAUUGAUAGAUCACGUGUAUUCCAAUUUCGACGGUGUUUAUUCAAAUGUGGAAUCCGAUUGCAAGAUUUCAGAUCAUGAAACAAUUGCAAUUUCCGUAACGAGUAGCUCUAGAAAUGAGGAAGAUACGGUGAAAAUCAAGUGUUGGAAAAACUAUUCAAAGCAAACCAUAUCUCGACUUGUAUCAAGAAGCUUGGGUUGUACACAGUUGACUGGAAAUUUGGAUCACAGGGCAUCUAUUCUUACUGACAUACUGAAAUAGUGUACUAAUGAAUUAGUAAUUGAAAAGUAUGUUAGUUUGAACAGCUCGAGUAGUUGGUACUCAAUAGACCUCUUACAGUUAAAACGGGAGAGGGAUAAACAGUACAAGAGAUUCUGUAGAACUAACAAUGAUAGUAACUGGAGUAGAUAUACACAAGCACGAAACAUUUAUUCACGGGCCCUGAAGAAGACUAGAUAUGAAUACAUACAGAGGAGAAUCGAUCAAAAUCAACAAAACAGUAGAGAGUUAUGGAAAAUUCUCAAACAGGUUAUCAAUCCUACACAUAGUGCAUCGAAAAGUAUAACUUUUGACGGUAUAGAAGAACACACAGAACAAAUUAUAUCUGAAAAUUUCAACAGUUAUUUCAUAAAUAGUGUUCAGCAGAUCAAUCAAAGUAUUGAAUUGGUAGGUGAACCUGUUGAAAUAACACAGCCGAUGAAUAACUAUUGUAGACUUGAUGAAUUUCAAUCAAUCACUUUUGAACAAUUGAAAAAUAUUUAUUUUAAUUUGGGAAAAUCGACGGUUAUUGAUAAUGUAAACUCAAAAGUGAUACAGGAUUGCUUUCAUGUUAUCGGACACGAUCUAUUGGAUUUGGUAAAUAAAUCGUUGUACACGGGACACGUGCCAAAAGUGUGGAAAGAAUCUCUGGUUGUUCCUAUCCCCAAGGUUACUGGAAGGGAUAAAGCCGAAGAGUACCGUCCCAUUAACAUGCUGCACACGCUGGAAAAAAUUUUGGAACUUGUUGUUAAAGAUCAGCUGAUUAACUAUUUGAACUCUAACAGUUUGCUAAUACCGGAACAAUCGGGAUAUCGUAAGGGUCACUCUUGUGAAACCGCUUUGAACCUAGUAUUGGCAAAAUGGAAGGAGAAAAUCGAAGCCAAAGAGUGUUCUUGGAUCUGAAGAGAGCCUUUGAAACAAUUUCAAGACCUUUAUUGUUGCAGACAUUGCGGCGUUUUGGCAUCGGGGGAAUGGCACAUGAAUGGUUUGAAAACUAUUUAUGUAGUAGAUCUCAAAAGACUGUUUAACGAUGUAAUGUCUAGUUCCCUCGGCAAUUCACUUGGUGUGCCUCAGGGAAGUGUGUUAGGUCCUAUUCUAUUUAUCAUGUAUAUUAAUGAUAUGAAGCGAGUCUUACGUUUCUGUGAUAUAAAUUUGUUUGCUGAUGAUACUGUUCUGUUCAUUACGGCUAAAGAUUUCAAUGAAGCUGUUGCACAUUUAAACGAGGAUCUAAGUUCGCUGGUUCGAUGGUUAAAAUUUAAGCAACUGAAACUAAACGUCGCGAAAACUAAAUACAUAUAUGGUUAUUUCUUCUGUUAGCACCGGUCAUGACGCCAAUGUGGAAAUUGAUAGUGAAAUUAUUGAUCGCGUUAGAGAAAUGAAGUAUCUUGGAGUCAUAAUUGAUGAAAAGUUAACAUUCAAAUCUCAUAUCAAUAACGUCAUCAAGAAGAUUGCCAAAAAAUAUGGUGUAUUAUGUCGUUUGAAAAAUGACUUAACGACCCAUAGUAAGAUUCUUUUGUAUAAAACAGUCAUUUCACCACACAUUGACUUUUGCCCAUCCAUUCUGUUUCUUGCUAAUAACACACAAAUCUUGAGAUUACAGCGACUGCAAAAUAAGAUCAUGCGAUUAAUUCUAAAAUGUAGUAGAUAUACCUCCUCAGAUUUUCUACUGAACG